UUUGGAAUAGCUAAUCAACUUAGUUCUUGCCAUUGUUUGCAACUACUCAAAACGGUUCUAAAACCCUUCCUCUGAAGUUCAGAACCACUCGUGGAAGGUAGCGCACCCCCAUGUCUUCCGUACUUCGUCGCCUCCGUGGCGUCUUCGCCAAGCCACCGCCCCGCACCCGCACUCGCAUAGACCAUCUCAGCGGACGACACGACCUCGAGGAGGUGGUCGCCAAGUUCAAGAAACUCUCCCGGUCGACCCACUUUCGUCGCAACAACGUCCCGUACGAGAAGACCGUCCGACGCCUCGCCUAUCACCAGCAGUUCGCCUUGAUCGAAGACCUCCUCGAGCACCAGAAGCAGUACGUGGCGCGCUCGAGCGACAAGUUCGCGGCCCGCCUGAUCGGCCUUUAUGGGAAAGCGGGCAUGUUCGAGCACGCCCGGAAGCUGUUCGACGAAAUGCCUAGCCUAACACGGCGGCCCUCGCUGGUACACCUUAAUGCCCUUUUGGCCGCCUGUGUUGAAUCCAAGAAGUUCGAUGACGUCGACGAGAUAUUCCGGCUGUUGCCGGAGAAACUGUCUCUGGAGAUUGAUGUCUGCACUUACAAUACAGUUAUUAAGGGCUACUGCGUGAUGGGUGAUCUUGAUUCUGCUCUCUCGCUGCUUGACGAGAUGGAGAACAAAGGGAUUAAGCCUAAUUUGAUAUCGUGGAAUACCCUGCUUGAGGCUUCUUAUGGAAACGGCAGGUUAUCGGAGGGAGAGAAGAUAUGGGAUUUAAUGGUGAGCAAGAAUGUUACUCCUACCGUCAGGAGUUACAAUCCAAGACUUCGUGGAGUACUUUUGCAGAACAGAGUCACGGAUGCUGUUAAGCUGUUAGAUGAAAUGCGGGAUAAGGGAAUCGAGGCUGAUACACACAGCUACAAUGCUUUCAUCGUUGGGUGUUGCCGAAAUGGAGACUUGGACGAAGCCAAGAACUGGUAUUGGCGGCUCAUGGAGAGUAAGUGCAAUGCUGAUCGGGUGACGGUGUCCGCUCUUGUCCCUUUGCUUUGUGAAAAGGGUGACUAUGAAUUGGCCCAUAGGCUUUGCAUUGAGGCCAUGGAUCAGAAGUUACUUCGCGGAACAGAUACUCUGCAGAGUGUCGUAGAUUUCUUGGUUCGGGAAUCGAAAGUUGAACUGGCAACAGAGAUUGUGGAACAUGGCAAGGCCAAGAAGACACCGUAUGAUCUAAAAUUGCCUCAAGCAGCGUAAUGGCUUUACUCGCGUUAUGUAACAAUCAACUGUUAUGGUUACUACUAGUCAGACUUCAUUUCCCCGAUGGUCUUUGCUGAGCUCAAACCUCGAUAUACGAUAUUGUGGAUGGCAUUUUAUCAAUCAACUAGGCCACGGUGAACUAGGGGAAAGCAGGAAACAGGUUCCUGUUAUUAAAGAAUGCCUUUUCCCUUCA